ACACACAGUAACUCUGUUCUCAUACAGAGGAAUGUCUGCUCUGUUGGCAGGUCAAUAGGUAGGUGAUCGGGGGUUGUGUGGAAGUUGUAUGCUGGUUGUGUUCUCUAAAAGGUUGUGGGAGAGUUGUGUGCGUUUAUUGGUCGAGUCAAAGUUGUGUAGGCCUACAGUUAUGUUGUUGUUCUCUAGGGAAAAGGUUGUCUUUGUGUGUUGUAUGACUAAGGUCAGCAACCUUUUUAUUCAACAGAGUGAAAGACAUGUACCUUAUCAUCUAACACUGAUAGCAUUCGAUUGGCUCAUUCAGAUCAUCUGAUCAUUGUUCCAGCUCUCAAAUACACACACACACACACACACACACACACACACACACACACACACACACACACACACACACACAUACGUGCGCACGCAUAAGUAAUGCAGUAUGGUAAAUCUUCACAGCUCAUAAAAGCAACAUGAAGCAUAUUAACAACAGUCAAAGUAGGUCUGCUCCUACGUGUGUGUGAUCGUAGCAGGGUUUCUUGUUCAGCCCACUGGUCAACAGUAUUACUCCUAGUAGGAGCAGGAACUAUGGACAGGUUUGUUCAAUGAAGUGUUUGUUGUCAUUCAUAGAGAGACUAAUAGUUCUCAUGCAUCAAACGUCUCAGUUAGAUGUAAAAUUGUGUGACUAUGAUCUCCUUGGCAAAAACGUCAAAAUCAAUGACAGAUUUCUUGUUUAAUCUUAGAUGAAUUCUGCCUAUUUUGAGGAAGUGUUACUGGGUAUGUUGUUGCUACGGUGGCUUAAGAGACAAACUUUAUAUUGACGGGAAAAGUCAGGAGGCAAAUUCCCAGUCAAAGCUGAAUGAAAUUCCCAUGCCAUACUCACUCCUCCCUCUAUUUCUCUGUCUCGUUCCCUCUCUCUUUCACCCUCACUUCCUUGGUUCUCCAAUCUUAUUCGCCUGUCUCUCUUUUUCUCCAUAGCAAUAUCCAAAGCGCUACCCCCCACCACACCCUGCUUCUCUCUCUCCCUCUUUGUCUGUCUUUGUGCCACAGAGUUGCUCUCUCUGCUCAGUGUAGUCAGGUUGGGUGGUAAGAGGGGAAUGUAUAGCGGAGACGAUGGGUUUUACAGAGUGUGGGAGAUGAGAGUGUGAGGGCUUUUUAGGAAGAAGAGUGCGGAGCACGAGUCUGUGUGUGUGUGAAUGUCUGUGGGGGUGAGCUUCUCUUGUGUCACAUUCCAGCUUCCAGGACUCGAUCCCUGCCUGCUGAGAGACGGACCUGGAAAACUUUGGAAAAUCAUUCUUGGAAAACUGUGAUUGGAAGCUGGAAAGUCUUGUAAAACCAUCCCUGUAUCUCUUUGUGACUUCAAAUUGUUGCUGUAGGAGUGACUCCCUCUCUGCUGCUGUUGUUUUUGGGUCUCUGGGCUUUGGAUAGUGGUCUCACUGGAGCCGCGCUGACGCUCUCCGGAUUACUACGGCAGAGGAGAGGAGGGGAGAGAACAUGGAACUUCAAACGUGUUUCAUUGGAAGGGAUUUAUAAUCUGGAUCAUGGAUAUUGACAGAGAAGACUGCUGUCCUGUUCUCAGCUGAGGGGACCAGUGCAUAUUUCAUAGAAGACAGAAGAGAGAACCCAGUUCAGACUUUAUGGAAGGGGGUAGCCAGAAAUUGUUUCCAUAAAACCAUAUAGAAUUGAAGACCACAGUCAGCCAAGUCUGACUUAUACACAGAAGAUAUGAGCCUAGGCCUCUCUCAGGCCAGAGAGAGACAGUUAGUGACAUCAUCAUGAAUGCCCCGCCCACAGGAAGCCCCAGCCAAAAUAUGGAGGUGAAGGUGGUCUCCCAGGAGAUGGCUUUGUUUAGCAAUGCCCUGGCGGCCUACACCUUCAUAGCAGACCAGCCUGAGCGAGUAACUCUGGUGUUUGUUAGUGGUGUGUGUGUGGGUCUCCUCCUCACCCUCUGUGCCCUCGUGGUCCAGAUACACUGUCGCACCGACUGUCACUACGGUAACCGACGACGACAUCACCCUCAGCAUAGCAACAGGGAUCACCACCAUCACCAUGGGGACCAUCACUGUCACCACCAUCCCCAACCUGGGAACCCUAACACAAGCAAUCCCGGCGUAACCACAGAGACGAGCGGAGACAGCGAAUCAGUGGACUGGGACGACGGGACUUCUGACCUAUCGGCUCGACGACGGAGGCGCUUUGAGAGAAUGCUGCUGCACACCAGUGUGUUCACAUCCGUAGAAGAGUUGGAGCGAGCUCAGAGGGUUGAGGAGAGAGAGAGGAUCAUUCAAGAGAUCUGGAUGAAUGGACAUCCUGACGUCAACACUGUCACACGCAGCCUCAACAGAUACUACUGACAGGGACAGAGAAAACAGGGCGAAAAAGAGAUGGAUAGACAGACAAACGGAUGAGGAGAAAGAGGAAGGAUAGGGAUAAUAUAUACUUUUAGACAAGGUAGCAUCGAGAGGCUCAUGAAGCACAGGUGUGGACGGGACUGUUAGCCAGGGAGAGAGGAGACAAUGACACUGGGCCACAGAACCAGACUGAUGUUACGACGGGAUAUGAACCCGGGGUCCCCCAUUGGAGAAACCAACUUCUUGACCAUUAGACCAAGAGGAAAUGACCAAGACCAUGACCUGACUCCACUACACUUAACCCGCAGCUUUU